GGAAACGCCCCCCGGAAGCGACCUCGAAACUCAAAUAUGGCGGCCGCCCGCUACCUUCGCUGGGGCCUAAGCCGAGCCAGAACCUGGCUGCGACCGCCGCCCGCGCACCACCCUCUCCGGGAUCUGCACAAGCAGGUAGACGGGACCGAGUUUCAGAGCAUCUACAGUCUGGACAAGCUCUACCCGGAGUCGCGGGGCUUGGACACCGCCUGGAGGGUCCCGGGCGAUGCAAAGCAAGCCAGCAGUGACAUUCCUCUAGAUCGCUUGACAGUAUCUUACUGUCGGAGCAGUGGUCCCGGAGGCCAGAACGUUAACAAAGUGAAUUCCAAGGCCGAGGUCAGGUUCCACCUGGCAAGUGCUGACUGGAUCGCAGAGCCCGUGCGGCAGAAGAUGGCUGUGACGCAUAAAAAUAAGAUCAACAGGUCAGGAGAGCUGAUACUCACCUCUGAAUGCAGCCGCUAUCAGUUCCGAAAUCUGGCAGAUUGUCUACAGAAAAUUCGAGAUAUGAUCGCAGAGGCCAGCCAGCCAGCCAAGGAGCCAUCCAAAGAAGAUGCUGUACUACACAGAAUCAGGAUAGAAAACAUGAAUCGGGAAAGACUGAGAAAAAAGAGAAUAAAUUCUGCCAUAAAGACAAGCAGGAGGGUAGACGUGGACUGAAGUUAUCCCCCGGAGCUGGCAGAGACCCUCCUCAGGGCGCCGGGCGCUGCUGGGGGAACUUUACCGCUUCAGGAAACUGAAAACCCUAUGUGGGCUUGUUCAUGGUUGUCUCUAACUGCGGAGCCAUCCAGAGAGCGAGGGCUGCAGGCACUGGUUACAAAGGUCUUUAUACAUGUCUCAAAGCUUAACUAUCCUUUUAAUGUAUUAGCUCCAAUAAAAUUCUAAACGCAGUAGGCAUCCCUUCUUCA